UCAUCCAGAGCAGCCGCGCGGGGCCGCCUCUCCUCGCUCCCGGCCCCUUUGCUUGGCUCGCACCAGAGCCCGCCCCUGGGCCGCCCAAUGGCGGCGCCUGCGCGCGCAGCACGGCGCCCUCCUUGCCCGGGUGGCGGUUCUCGUAGCUGGAGAAGCCGCCGUCGAAGGCUGGCGGUCAGCGCGGCGAUCGGGUCCGACGACGUCGAGGCCGCCGCAGCUGCGUCGCGGCCGAGACCUGGCGGGCGGGGGACUCCAGCAACGAGCAGGGGCCGAGAAGGGCAGCACGCAUCAGCGGCGAAGGAGGACGUCCACCAGGUCGAGCACUGAGUACGGCGGGCCCGACGUUGGUGGAGUCCAUCCGCCUGCCACCGGCGCGGGGAGCGACGGCAUAGAUCGGAGGUUCAAAGAUGGGGCCCGAAACGGACCUCCGAACGUCUAUGUUUAUGUUGCUUGAUUCAUCUAGAGCACGAUGCUGCACUGUUCGCCUAUCAUCUUGCUGCAUCCUGCCCUCCCCCCGAGCUGGCCUGGGCACACGGCCCCAGCCGACUGGACGGCGUUGCGGAGCGCCGCGGCCGUCUGGAAAAGCAUGUAGCACCCAUUGCUUGGGACCGUAUGGUGGUGAGCGAAACGGCCUAAAGCCCUGGCCAGCACACCGUCCAUGCACUCCCGCUGGGGGGCUGUAAGCCCCCUCAGGAAGCCAAAAUGGCUGAAGCAUCGACGCGAAGGACCCAACUACAUUCCAACAGUUCCCCGACCUUGAGGCGU